AUGGAAAAAAAGCAAAAGAAAGUAACAUUUGAACUGAGGUCAAGAGAUGGAGGAUCAAAAAGGAUGCCUGACGCGGCUGAGGAUGAAUACAAGAAAGAUAAACCAAAAGGCAUAUUGAAAAGGCAGUACAAACCAAGAUCUGAGGAAGUCAGUAUAAGGAAAAGUAAACGAAAACAUAACGAAACAACUGAAGAUGAUGAAGGAUAUAAAGGAUAUAAAGGUAUCGAAGGAGUUAACACUAGGAAUGAAGGAAUCCGUACUAGGAAUACAAGGUCCGUAAAAUCAAAAAGCACGUCAGUGGGAAACGACGGAAGCACAUAUGAGGUGGAUAUGGAAGAUGUCGAUGGUAAUAUAGAGGUCAACGAAAAUGUAGUCAUCGAGUUUUUAGGAUUAAGAAACGGUGGGGUUGUGCUGAAUUAUCAAGGAAAAGAGAGUAAAAAAGGGAGAAGAAAGGAUAAAACAAAGAAAAAUGAAAAGAAUGAGGAAACCAAUGAGCACGACGAGGAAGAACAAAUGAAUAUUGAUAAAGAGACAAAGAAAGGGAAAAAAAAAAGAAAGGGAAAACAUGCAGAAAGAAAGAGGUAA